GGCUAGUGAGUACCGUCCGUCCAUCCAUCGACCCAUCCAUUGAUUGACACAGUGGCCUUCUCUGAUCCUACUGUGUACGUACCGCACACUUAUUAUUACCCCUACAUUUAUUAGACCUACACUUACACUUAUUACACUUAUUACACUUACUCUUACACUUAACUCACUCUCACUCUUCCAUUCACACUUCUUCUCAACAUAAAUUCUUCCCAACUUCAUCAACGACAACAACUUAAAAAAAGAGAACUUGGAGCUUUUGUAAUUCAAUUCAAUUCAAUUCAACCUUCUUCUUUUUUGCUAAAUACUUUAAUAGCAACAAAUCCAUUCGUUGAUUUCUGUUUCGAAUCAAUUUUAAUUGUACACUCUGCCUCUUCUUUUCUCCUUCACACCAAUCAAUUCGUGCUGGAGCAUAUCCCAUUCACAAGGACACCGCAACAUUCACUGUCGUCCAUUGAGUCCAAGUGGUCAUCACCAUCCAGCUCAAUUUUACUUCUUCUCGACACUUGUUCUGAUCCUCUUCCACUGUGGGGUCGAACUAGCAAUACAUACAACCUUUCCACACAUUUCACUUCGUACAAACUCUCAAAAUGAAGGCUCUCAUUCUUGUCGGUGGCUUUGGCACCCGUCUUCGCCCACUCACUCUUACCCUCCCAAAGCCUUUAGUCGAAUUCGGUAACAAACGCAUGAUUUUACAUCAAGUCGAAGCCUUGGCAGAAGCUGGAGUUACAGAUAUUGUGCUGGCCGUAAAUUAUCGUCCAGAGGUUAUGGAAAAGUAUUUGGCUGAGUACGAAGAAAGAUUCAACGUGAAAAUCACAUUCUCCAUCGAAUCCGAACCAUUAGGUACAGCUGGUCCUCUUAAACUCGCGGAAGAAAUUCUCGGAAAGGAUGAUGCUCCUUUCUUCGUUCUGAACUCAGAUGUCAUCUGUGAAUAUCCUUUCGCAGAUUUGGCUGCGUUCCACAAGAAACACGGCGAUGAAGGUACCAUUGUCGUAACCAAGGUUGAAGAACCAUCCAAAUAUGGUGUCGUGGUUCAUAAACCAAACCACGCAUCCAGAAUCGAUCGAUUCGUAGAGAAGCCAGUCGAGUUCGUCGGAAACCGCAUUAACGCUGGUAUCUACAUCUUAAACCCAAGUGUCCUCAAGCGCAUCGACCUCCGCCCUACCUCAAUCGAACAAGAGACUUUCCCUGCCAUUUGCGCCGAUGGUCAAUUGCACUCUUUCGAUUUGGAAGGAUUCUGGAUGGAUGUUGGGCAACCUAAGGAUUUCCUCUCCGGUACUUGUCUUUACCUCUCCUCCCUUACCAAGAAGGGCUCCAAGCUCCUUACUCCACCAAACACCCCAUACGUACACGGCGGUAACGUCUUGAUCGACCCUUCUGCCAAGAUUGGCAAGAACUGCCGCAUUGGUCCCAACGUAACAAUUGGUCCCAAUGUUGUUAUCGGUGAUGGUGUUCGUUUACAACGUUGUGUUCUCCUCGAGGGCUCCAAAGUCAAGGAUCACGCUUGGGUCAAGAGCACUAUCGUAGGCUGGAACUCCACUAUCGGUAAAUGGGCACGUUUGGAAAAUGUCAGUGUAUUGGGUGAUGACGUUACGAUUGGUGAUGAGAUUUAUGUAAAUGGAGGUAGCAUCCUCCCACACAAGAGCAUCAAGGCCAAUGUUGACGUUCCGGCUAUUAUCAUGUAAGGGGGGGGGAAGGAUCGCUGGACGAGUAACAGAUUUGAAGUGGAGGAAACUAUGGACAGAGGUACUUUUUUUUUGGAUGAAAAGUCAUGGAGAGGAGAAACUAGGGUACGAGGAAAGGAAGGAGCAAAGUAAUUUAUGGAUGGACUUCAUUACCUGGCCGUUUUUUUGCCAUUUCUCUAUCGUAUCUUAUUGAAUUCGGGCUUUGGCUUUUGGCUUUGGGGGUUAAAAGGGUCACGCAUUACAUGUUUUUAUGGAUGCAUGCAUUUUUCUUCUUUUGGGUGGCCAAAGAAAUUCUAGAGAUGAACAUUUGUAUUUUUUUUUCAGACUGUUUCCAAAUUUCAAUGGUGCUUGUUCUGUCCCUUUUUUUUUUGGCGGGAUGAUAUUAUGGUGUAUUUGUAUUGAUGUGUGUAUGGAUGGCUAUUGUGAUGGGUGUGCAAUGUAGCAUAUCUAUAUAUGAUUGAUAUCUCCUCUCAUCGAAUAAAAAGUUGAUUGAAAUGAAAGAUUGAUUGAAAUGAAGUAAUCGAGCAGGAAGCAAGCAAGUUGUGGUGUAGGGUUGUGGGGUGUGAUUUGUAGUUUGCGAUUUGUAUUGUGAGUUGUGAGUUGUGAGUUGUAAGUUGUGAGUUGUGGAGAGGGGGGGCAGAGAGAGAGAGUGUGUGUGAGAGAGAGAUACAUUGGGGAAAUGAGUAGUAGAUGAGAAAGAAUAAAUAACAUGUUCA